AUGAAGCCAUUCCUCUUUCCACUGCUCGGUGGCUUUGCUUUUAUGCUCCUCCUAGUUCAUGCCCAGGAUGAUCAAACAGGCUUUAUUAGCAUAGACUGUGGCCUUGCAGAAAAUACCAGCUAUACAGAAAAGAUGACAGGAAUUAACUACAUUUCAGACGAAACCUUCAUAAGCACUGGUGAAAAUAACGUCGUAUUGCAAGAGUACAGAAAUAAGUAUCAAGAGCCCUACAUGUCUCUUAGGAGUUUCCCUGGAGGGAUCAGGAACUGCUACAAAAUCAAUGUCACAAAUGGCACCAGAUAUUUGAUCAGAUCAAGUUUCAAAUAUGGGAACUAUGAUAGGCAGAAUAUAUUGCCAGAAUUCGACUUGCAACUUGGAACUAAUGUUUGGGAUUUGGUGAAGUUGGAGGAUGCAUCAACCAUUACAAACAAGGAGCUCAUACAUGUUCCUCUAAGAGACUAUAUACAUGUUUGUCUAGUGAACACCGGCUUGGGGAUUCCGUUUAUAUCGGCACUAGAACUGAGGCCUUUACCUAAUACAUCUUAUCAAACACAAACCGGGUCGUUGGCACUUCAAUGGCGGCUUGACACCGGUCAAAUAGCAGCUAAUUUGACAGAAUACAGGUAUCCAGGUGAUGUUCAUGAUCGCUUCUGGUAUGGCUACUAUGACGACAAUUGGAAACGAGUAAUUACCUCGUCCACGAUCGACUCGGAUGUUCACGAUAGUUUCCAGCCCCCAUCUGUUGUCAUGAGCACAGCUGCCACACCAAAGGAUGGAACUGAUGCCUUGUACAUUUCCUGGAUGGAUUUUGAUAACAGUGCAGAAUAUUUUGUUUACAUGCACUUUGCAGAAUUUGAAAAGCUCCAACCCAACCAGUCUAGGCAGUUCAACAUUACUAUGAAUGGAGAGUCCCUUCAUGAGAAAGUUGUUCCUUAUUACUUGUCCUCCUCCACUAUUUACAGCACUAGAGCUUUGAGUACUGGAGGAAAAUAUAAUAUUUCAAUCUUUAAGGCUAAGAACUCUACCCUUCCACCAAUCCUUAAUGCCAUCGAGGUGUACACCGUAAAAGAAUUCUUAGAAUCAAGAACAAACCAAGCAGAUGUUGAUGCAAUCACAAGCAUCAAGUCAACUUACAAAAUUAAGAAGAACUGGCAAGGAGAUCCAUGCUCCCCUCUGGUUAACUCAUGGGAAGGUAUAAACUGUAGCAAUGAGCACAGUAGAAUAGUAUCCUUGAACUUGUCCUCCAGCGGAUUAACAGGGGAGAUAGCUCCUUAUAUAUCCAAUCUCACCAUGAUACACAUUUUAGAUUUAUCAAACAACAACUUAACUGGAUCAAUCCCAGAAUUUUUAUCUCGACUGCGAAAGUUAAUGGUCCUAAACUUGGAGAAAAACAAACUCACAGGUUUAGUUCCCGUAGGACUCAUUCAGAAGAGGAAGGAUGGUUUGCUAUCCCUACGUUUGUGUGAAAAUCCAAAUCUAUCCGGACAAGUUUUGUGCAAAAAGAAGAAGCAGAGUAUCAGUAUUCUCUUGGCAGUGUCAAUCCCUGGAAUUUUCAUCCUCUUAUUAACUGUAUCAGCUGUUUCAUGGGUGGGCUUUAAAAGGAAAAAACGACAUGCCCAUUGUGAUGAUCCUUUUGGUGUAGAGGUGAUGCAGAAUUCCAACCAAAACAGUUUAUUGGAGUCAGAGGGCCAACGCUUUACAUACCCAGAGAUUGUGGAGAUUACCAGUAAUUUUAAAUCAAUAAUUGGAAGAGGCGGAUUCGGAGAAGUCUACUUUGGCACUCUGCAAAAUCAGACUCAAGUUGCUGUCAAGUUACUGAUUUCAUCGUCAACACAGGGCUCAAAAGAAUUUGAAAAUGAGGUUAAACUGUUGAUGAGAGCUCAUCAUAGAAACUUGGUUUCUCUGGUUGGGUACUGUGAUGAAGGGGAGACUAUGGCACUAGUUUAUAAUUUCGUUGCUAAUGGAAAUUUGCAACAGCGUUUAUCAGCUGGUAAAUCGAACGUUUUGACUUGGAAGGAGAGACUUCAAAUUGCAGUUGAUGCAGCACGAGGACUGGAUUAUCUACACAAUGGCUGCAAGCCAUCAAUAGUACAUAGAGAUCUAAAGACUUCAAAUAUCUUGCUAUGUGAAAAUCUUCACGCCAUGAUAGCCGAUUUCGGUCUUUCUAAAGUUUUUGCAACUGAAAGUGCCACUCAUGUAUCAACUGACCCUAAAGGAACAUUUGGGUACCUUGAUCCUCAGUAA